CCCCCAGGUCCUAACAGGCUCUUCUGUGGUGCCAGACAGAUCGAGCGAGAGCCUGGGGUCUGUGAAUGGACGAGGAAGAAGAAAAGGUUUAAAGCUGGUUACCUAACAGGAAACCUCUGUCUUUUCCACAGGGGGCUUAACUCCUCACAUGCACUAUGGCUAUCCCAUCUGUGAUGGUAUUACCCCUGUUGGUGGUGGUGUUCGCUGGAAUCUACUACUUUUACAACGAGGUCAUCCACUUCAUGUCCAAAUCCAUAGUGCGGAACAAAGUGGUGGUGAUUACAGACGCUGUAUCUGCGAUGGGAAGUGAGUGUGCCAGGCUGCUUCAUGAAGGUGGUGCACAGUUGGUAUUGUGUGGACCCAACUGGGAUAAGCUGGAGUCUCUCCAGGACUCACUGGGCAGUGGCUCAGACCCCAGUAAAACCUUUCCACCCAAGUUGGUGUUGCUGGAUUUCAGUGAUAUAGACAGCAUGGAGGAUGUGAUUACAGAGAUCAGUGAGUGCUAUGGCUACGUGGAUGUGCUGAUCUGUAACGGCAGCAUGAAGGUCAAAGCCCCGGUACAGAACGUUUCACUGGAGAUGGACAAAAUCAUCAUGGAUGUCAACUACUUCGGGCCCAUAACUUUGGCGAAGGGUAUUCUGCCAUUAAUGAUCGCCAGGAGAACAGGUCAUUUCGUAAUCGUCAACAGCAUCCAAGGGAGGCUCGCUAUCCCAUUUCGCACCUCCUACGCCGCCUCCAAGCAUGCAGUGCAGGCCUUCUUCGACUGUCUGAGAGCAGAGGUGGAGGAGUACGGCAUCUCUGUCACUACAAUCAACCACACGUUCAUCAACGCUACAACCCAGGAAGCCACCCCCUCCCAGUCUCAGCCCACCAACGCCCUGUGGGCAUACAUUUUAAGCAAGCUAACCACUCAUGGUGUGAGCCCUAAAGCCCUGGCAUGUGAGAUUGUGCGAGUGGUGAACCGGAGGAGGAGAGAGGUUCUCCUGGCUCACCCCAUCCCCUGGGCUGCUCUCUACAUUCGCUCGAUCGUGCCCAGCUUCUUCUUUUCUGUAGUGGCAGCGGGGGUGAAGGACGCGGCUAUGAAUCAGCAGCUGAAAUAGAGCCAUACAUCACAUGCUAGUGAAUGACUGAGGGACUUCUUGUUCCUUUAACAAUGUGUCAUUAGAACGUGAGCUAUAAUUCUCACAUUGACGUGUGGCCUCUGAUGUAAUACAGGAACGCUGGUGAUCUGGAGGAGGAUGUUUUAAAGGCUUAGUAUUUAGAACUAUGACCUAUUUGCUUUCUUUGGCUGGUAAAACAUCACAUGCACUGCAGUAUCUGCCCUAAAUAUUUUUGCAUGUGCUAGAUAUUCCAUUAUUAUUUUGUGACUAAUCAAAGCAGUUUAUGGCAUGGUGUAGGGAGAAAAAUGUUUGGCCUCAUAUUCAUUUAUAUUUUAAGCACUAAGUAAGAUCUAAUGUUUUCAUGCUUGUCGUCUAGCUUAAUUGUAUUUGGAAAGUUUCACCAGUAACACACACACACACACACACUUCAGUUAAUAUUUGCCUUAAGCUGCGUGCUGACGUGUAUACAGUCCUCUGACUGGCAGAGACAAGCUCCUUCACCUUUAGGCCCUAAAAGGCAAAACACAUUUCACACAAUUGCAGAAUCCUACAGAUGGCGCUAUUGGAUUUUUCUACAGCAAUACAGGGACAAGAAAUUUACUGCCACCUACUGAGCAUUUCUCAGUUACAACCAAUUCAGAAACAAUACACUAUGCUUUACUGUAUGUUAUUAUACGAUCAUUGUGACAUGCUUUCUUUCAUGCAAUAAAAAAAAUA